UGAGGGUGAAAGGAAUCUUAUCCUGUAACUCCACACACGAGGAAUUAAAAUAUACACAAGGAUAAUGUAUAAUACUUUCAACAUUCAAUGCUCAAUUCUGAACGUCCAGUUUGCCUCAGGAAAUUGUAACCAUCAGAUCUUCAGUAUCAAUGACAUUCAGCGUCCUCAGUGAAUUUGUGGUGACCAUUCUGCUUCUGGUGGUCACCAUCACUGUAUCCAGUGAUUCCAGCCACGGUUAUUUAAAAAUGGCAUCAAUCAAUGCAUCGGAUGAUAUCCAAGGUUUACAAGAUAUUGAGACGCCCGUUGGAGGUCGGCUCUCUGGGAAAUAUCGCAAGAGCUUCGCCUACGGUACGAUGAAGGACAGAGCCCCAGUGAUAUUAACUAGAAUUAUAGACUCAAUGAGUAGAAACAAGGAAUCAAUCAUCAACAAAUAUGGAAAGGAAGCCUCUGACGAAUUGAAGCAAGUCAUCGGAAAUAUCAGCCAAUUGAGGAGUGAAUUGAUGACGAAUAAACCAUUGCACCUGCUGAAUUUAUCAAACACCGAGAAAGACGGCGAUGCACAACUUUGGAAUGAUUACAUUCGUAAUAAGGGCAUUAACGAUUCUUCACCCGUCACAUGGUUUGAGACUGAUUGGCUCCUCUGCGAACCGUAUAUGUACAGGAGAUUGUGGCAGAUUGUUGCAUUAACUAAGACCUUGUCAUCGCUGGAUUUGUUCGAGGAACAAAAAGAAGGCGCCUUCACUGGUGCAUGGAACUCAAUAUCGGAGCUCACUGAAUAUACGUUACAGCUCGUCAAUAAUUUCGAAGAUUUGUCGGAGGACAAGAAAAAAGAGGAGUUCCGAGCUCUUUUGAAGUUGAAUCUUUGGGGAAAUAGGUGUGACCUAUCGCACAGUGCUGGUGCACCAUCCAAGCAUUGUGAACGGGCAAAUAGUUCAUUAACCAUUGAUCCAAAUCUUUUGAUAGACGACACUUCGCCUGUUUGGGAUCUCCUCUACAAGAGAGGUACAGGUGAAGAUGUCAUUGUUGAUGUUGUAUUAGACAAUGCCGGAUAUGAGUUCUUUACUGACUUGUGUAUGGCUGUACUGAUGACACGUGCUAAAUUGGCAACAAAAAUUCGUUUUUACGUGAAAAAGCACCCGUGGUAUAUUAGUGAUGUGACUGCGAAGGAUUUUAAGUGGACGAUAGACUCAAUGAAGAAGUCGGAAAUUUCCAGCGUUCAAGAGUUCGCGGAUGUUUGUGAAAAUUAUUUAAACAGUGGAGCCUGGAGCAUUGAGGUUGAACCAUUCUGGACAUCACCGUACGAUUUCUCCCAAAUGAAGACCCAAGCUCCAGAUCUGUAUUCAAAAUUAUCAGAAGCAAAAUUAAUCAUCUUCAAAGGAGAUUUGAAUUAUAGAAAACUCAUGGGAGACAUCAACUGGGAGUCAACGACAGAUCUAGUGACAGCACUUCGGGGAUUCAGGCCCAGUAAUUUAGUCACCAUGAGAGUGCUGAAGGCUGAUGUGUGUGUAGGGCUGCCACCUGGGAAAGCAGCUGAAUUGAAUAACAAACAUCCAAAUAAUGACUGGUUGAUAUCUGGCCAGUAUGGUGUAAUUCAUGCCACAAUCGAUGCUUAGGUGAGUUAAACUACGAUGGGACCACAGAAUCAAGCUCAAUGUCUUCUGAAUAUCUGUUCAAUCAUUCAUUAUUCUACGUGUAACAGAAUGGCUCCAAAAAGCUUCCUGAUGGAGGCUAUGAACUGCAACUUGUGUAAAAUUUGUAUAAAUAAAAGAUAAGCCUCGA